UUAAUAAAAAGUAGCUCUUCUUGGGAGAACCAAAUAAUCCCCUUUUAUCCCUUAAAUCUUUCAUCUCUCAUGCGUCCAUUUUGAAAAUUAGGGUUCCCCUACUCUGCUUCUCUUUCACUCGCAAGCCUCUAUACCCUAAUCGCUCCGAUCUCUCCAAGUAGCCGUUACCCCUCUUUCCCGCCAAUUUCACAUCCGUUCGCCAUUCUCCAUUUCAAAUACUAACCGUUAGAUCUGCUCCUUUUAGUACCAACUCCUUUUCAAGCUCACCGGAAAUGUCGACUGUCGAAGCGGAGAAGAAGGCAGAAGAGGAGAAGAAGGCAGAGGAGAAAGGAGGGGAGCUAUUGUUCUGUGGCGCCACGUGUUGGGAUAUUAUUGGCCGCAAGAAAGGCGCACAGGAAGGCAACUUAGUCUCACCUACUCGGCUCCGUCCUCUUGUUGGUGUCAAUAUCCGCUUCGUUGCCUCCGGUUCCGCGUCGUGUCACUGUGUAGCAUUGGAUGUUGAAGGGCGUUGCUACACAUGGGGACGCAAUGAGAGGGGGCAACUGGGUCAUGGAGACACGAUUCAGCGCGAUAGGCCAACAGUCGUUUCUGAACUUUCCAAGUAUAAACUCAUCAAGGCUGGAGCUGGUAGGAGCCAUACAGUAGUGGUUACUGAAGAUGGUUUAUCGCUUGCAUUUGGCUGGAAUAAACAUGGGCAGCUGGGCUCUGGCUCAGCAAGAAAUGAAAUUGAGUCAUCUCCUGUUCGCUGUCUCGUUUCUGAUGUCAAAACUACUGCUUGUGGCGCUGACUUCACGGUGUGGUUAUCCUCUGUUGAAGGAGCUUCUAUAUUAUCUGCAGGCCUUCCACAGUAUGGUCAACUUGGACAUGGAACUGACAACGAGUACAACACAAAAGACAGCUCAGUCCGGCUAGCAUAUGAAGCCCAACCUCGCCCAAGAGCAUUAACUGCUCUUGCGAGAGAAACCAUUGUGAAAGUUGCAUGCGGAACAAAUCAUACAGUGGCUGUGGAUUCAAAUGGUUAUGUUUACACGUGGGGCUUUGGCGGUUAUGGAAGGCUUGGACAUAGAGAGCAGAAGGAUGAAUGGGUCCCUCGGCGUGUGGAUGUCUUCUCAAAGCACAAUGUUCUGCCUCCUGAUGCAGUUAUUUCAGCUGGUUCUGUGAAUUCUGCAUGUACUGCAGGAGGUGGACAGUUGUAUAUGUGGGGAAAAAUAAAAAAUACUGGCGAUGACUGGAUGUAUCCUAAACCUCUCAUGGAUUUAAGUGGUUGGAAUUUACGUUGCAUGGAUUCAGGAAACAUGCAUCAUUUUGUUGGUGCUGAUAACUCCUGCAUUAGUUGGGGUCAUGCUCAAAAUGGAGAACUGGGAUAUGGCCCUAGUGGUCAAAAGUCUUCGGCAGUGCCCAAGAAGGUGGAUAUUCUGGAGGGCAUGCAUGUUAUUGGUGUUGCGUGUGGCAUGGGCCAUUCCAUGGUCAUAGUUGACAGAAUGAAUGUUGGUGAUCAACUUGAUCAGCUUGAUGUCUAUGAUGGCAAAGCUUCUGGUGAAGGCAGUGGGGAGCCUGAGCGUAAAAACCCUGUGAAGCAAAGUGCGAAAAAGGGUGCUGCCAAAGCUUCUGAUAACUCCAGAAAGAGGAAGUCAAAAGAUUCAUCGGAAUCAGAAGAUGAAGAGAAUGGUGAUGACGAAAGUGAUGCCAGUGAAGAUCAAGUCAAUGGCCAGACAGAAAAGAAGAGCAAACGGGGUGGAAAAGUUUCUGGCAGGGGUCAAAGUAAAGGUGGAAAAAAAUCAACAUCCGAUGGAAAAAGUACAGGGCGUGGGCGGGGCCGCCCUCUAUCAGGAAAUAAAAGCACAGUUUCGUCUCAAGAAAAAGCUGGUAAGAGAGGAAGACCACGCAAGUCGUGACUCACAAAUGUCCAGUUUCCAAUAGGAAAUUUUGGUCUCUCAAUGUAGAGAACUGUACGAUCUCAUACAUUAACUGCUGUAAUCUGCCUUCUUUGUUUUUUUAAUUGCUUUAUAUUUUCAGUCUUCAAUUGCCUCCACGGCUUUUCUGUUUUCUUCACGAAAACAAUUUUUCCGGGUUGGCACUUGAUCAGGCUUGGAGGACUAGGAGAAUUGUAUGAUUUGAGUGGCAGCUUGUACCAAAAUCUUUAUAUAGAAUGAAAUUCCAUCAUCAAA